UUAAAGGCAGGCACAGUCCUCACAGUACAACACUGAGCUCAUAUGAAACCAUUCAGCAGCAGGAAGGUAACAGCACAAACAUGGCUGGCACACAGGCUCAUGCAGAGGACCUCCACUUGAGGAUAGUGCUUGUUGGGAAAACUGGAGUUGGGAAGAGUGCAGCAGGAAACACCAUCUUAGGAAGAAAUGCUUUUGAAUCUUUGUCAUCGUUCUGUUCGGUAACAUUAAUGUGCCAGAAAGAAACCGGUGAGGUGGAAGGUCAGAACCUGGCUGUCAUCGAUACUCCAGGCCUGUUUGACACCACGCUGACUGAAGAAGCGGUAAAGAUGGAGAUCAGUAGAUGCAUCUCCUUUGCUGCUCCUGGUCCUCAUGUGUUCCUGGUUGUGAUCCAGUCGACCAGAUUCACCAAAGAAGAAGAAGAAACACUGAAAAUCCUGCAGAAGCUGUUUGGAGGAGAUGCAGCACGUUACACUAUGGUCCUGUUCACCCAUGGAGACAAUCUGCCAAAUGAAGUCAACAUAGAUAGUUUCAUCAGUGGAAAUAAAGCUCUGCAUGGCUUCAUCAGUCAGUGCGAAGGAAGAUAUCAUGUUUUUAACAACAAAAAUCAGGAUUCUUCUCAGGUCAAAGAACUAAUGGAGAAAAUCAAUAUGAUGGUUCAGAGCAAUGGAAGAAGACACUACACCAAUGAGAUGCUCCAGGAGGCCGAGAGAGCCAUCAGAGAAGAGAUGGAACGACUUCAGAGAGAAAAUCCUGAGAUGGCAAAAGAAGAAGCAAGAAGACGCGCAGAGAAGAAGAACAAGAUCCAGAAGGCUGCUGGGAUAGGAGCAGGGGUUGGCUGUGUGUUGGGUCCAGUGGGAGCAGCUCUGGGAGCAGCAGUGGGAGCAACAGUUGUAGCAGUGAAACAGGGACAAUGUGUUAUACUGUGAAAAACUAUCUUAAUUUGAUUACAUUUCCUGCUUUUCUGUGAGUUCUUUACAACAAGGUUGCUCACAUCUUUUCUCUUCAGCUCUCAGCAGAGACGGUCACACUUUUCUUCUCUCUCAGCUCUUCCUUUCUCCCCUGCUUUGCUGCUUUAGAGCAUCUCUUCACACAACUUCCAAACUGGAAUUUAUAACUAUGGAUCUGGUCAGCUGGUCUCUCAGCGCCAUUAUUUGAUCAAAUUUUGACCAUGAGGAGAUUGGGGGAAGGAGAACCCUAUUCCCUCUUAUUAAUUGACAUUCCAGCUGGCUACGUUAUGGAUUCCUGUGUGGUGUGGAAGAUGACGUGCCUGGCUGU